GUAUCCCAUUGGGUAAAAAUCAAUGUGUUAGGAUGGGUAAUUUUAACUCAACGGUUGAGUAAUACGUAUAUUACCUAAAGAUGAGUAAAAACCAAACAGAAAUUUUGUGGGCCUAAAUUUACUCAACGCUGAGUAACUUACUAUAAAGCUUGCGUUGAGUGAAAAUAACUCUGAGUUGGAUGAAAAAAAUUCCAGUGUGUUAUACUUCCACGACGACGCCAUUUGUGAUUUUGCUCCCUUCGAACGAACACACGCGUGUGAUGUCCGGAAGUUUUUGUCAUCGUGAGCCGUUUCCUUCGAGACAAUUCGACCCACAAACGAAGUUUGUGAUUCGCCGACGUAAUCUUGUAAGUGACGAAUCCGAAGCGCUAGUGGAGCAGCAGAUAAUAAAUUCCAUUUCUUUUCAGAUAUCCGGCACUUGCAGCUUCUAGCACGACAUUUGUGUUUCGAUUUCCGUCCGGUAGCGACCAUAAAAAAAAUGGAGCAACUAAAGAAAAAGUUGGAUGAUGGAAGCUUUGAUAAGUUAACUGAAUACGUCCGAGGAGCUCUACGGAUUUUCAAGAAGCUUUCCAAUAGAGGUAUUAAGAGGAUUACCAACAUGGAACAUGCAACCACGGAUGAAAUUUUUGCUACACCUCUGAUAAGAUGGGUUAAGUUUGUUCGAAACGAUGUUGGCUUCGAUGAGUUGCUGGCGGUGAAACAAUCAACAACAUCAUUUGUCGAUCCCCAUAUUGUUUGUGUAGCAAGCCGUUACAAGCGCGGUAAUGUGUAUGUUACGUUCCAUGAAUAUAUAAUUCCUUGUGGCAUGUCAGCCAUUCGUGCCAUCGAAGUGCUUUUCAAAUGCUUGCCUGUGUUUGGCCCAAAAGCACCCUUGUUACUUCGCAAACUAAACGGUAUGCUUUCAGUUAAUGUUUUGGCACAAUUCAAUCCAGCAAAAAGAUUUAACUGUACUUGUAAAAUAACCUAUCGUUAAGUUAAAUUUAUCCACAAUUAGGUUUUUUCUUAUUGAUCAAAUACACCCACUGUAGUCUUUCCG